AGCCACAUUUCACUCUUAUGCUGCUUGCUUAGUGACAGGAAUAUAUGCAUAGACUCUAGGUUAAUAAUGCUUGUAAGCCACAGGUGAAAGUGGCUCACCAGAGCAACAUCAGGAAAUCUGGCAGACUGGAAGAGAACAGCUGCCCUCCAGGGCAGCUGCAAAGUGUGAAGCAUGGAGGAAAGUAAGAAUGAGAAGGUGAACCAGGCUCAUGUUCUCUUCGACAGAUUUGUCCAGGCUUCAACCUGCAAGGGGACUCUCAAGGCUUUCCAAGAGCUCUGUGACUAUCUGGAACUAAAGCCCAAGGACUAUCGUUCUUUCUAUCACAAACUCAAGUCCAAGCUCAAUUACUGGAAAGCCAAAGCCUUGUGGGCCAAAUUGGAUAAAAGAGGCAGCCAUAAGGACUAUAAGAAAGGGAAAGCAUGCGCCAACACGAAGUGUCUGAUAAUUGGGGCUGGACCCUGUGGCCUUCGUACAGCCAUCGACCUGUCAUUCCUGGGAGCCAAGGUGGUGGUCAUAGAAAAGAGGGAUGCCUUUUCCCGCAAUAAUGUGCUGCAUUUGUGGCCAUUCACCAUACAUGACUUGAGGGGUCUUGGCGCCAAAAAGUUUUACGGCAAAUUCUGUGCAGGAUCCAUAGACCAUAUCAGCAUCCGUCAGCUCCAGCUUAUCCUUUUGAAGGUUGCCUUGAUCUUGGGAAUAGAGAUCCAUGUCAAUGUGGAAUUUCAGGGGCUUGUUUAUCCUCCGGAGGAUCAGGAGAAUGAAAGAAUAGGUUGGCGUGCAUUGGUCCACCCCAAAACCCAUCCAGUGUCUGAGUAUGAGUUUGAAGUAAUCAUUGGAGGGGAUGGCAGGAGGAACACCUUAGAAGGGUUUCGCCGAAAAGAGUUCCGUGGUAAACUAGCAAUUGCUAUCACAGCAAACUUCAUCAAUCGCAACACCACAGCUGAAGCCAAAGUAGAAGAGAUCAGCGGUGUGGCCUUCAUAUUCAACCAGAAGUUCUUCCAGGAUCUACGAGAAGCCACAGGUAUUGACUUGGAGAACAUUGUCUACUACAAAGAUGAUACACACUACUUUGUCAUGACUGCCAAAAAACAGAGCUUGCUGGAAAAAGGAGUGAUACGGCAUGAUUAUGCUGACACAGAGUUAUUACUCUCACGGGAGAAUGUAGACCAGGAGGCUCUGCUAAACUAUGCCAGAGAAGCAGCUGACUUCUCCACUAAUCAGCAGCUGCCAUCACUGGACUUUGCCAUCAAUCACUAUGGUCAGCCAGAUGUGGCCAUGUUUGACUUCACGUGCAUGUAUGCAUCCGAGAAUGCAGCCCUGGUGCGAGAGCAGAAUGGCCACCAGUUACUUGUGGCGCUGGUUGGGGACAGUCUCUUAGAGCCAUUUUGGCCAAUGGGAACUGGAAUAGCCAGGGGAUUUUUGGCUGCAAUGGACUCUGCUUGGAUGGUACGAAGUUGGUCACUCGGAGCUAGUCCUUUGGAAGUUCUUGCAGAGAGGGAAAGCAUUUACAGGCUACUGCCUCAGACCACCCCUGAGAAUGUGAGUAAAAACUUCAGCCAUUACAGCAUUGAUCCUGCCACCCGGUAUCCCAAUAUCAAUGUCAACUUCUUGCGGCCACAGCAGGUACGCCACUUGUAUAAUACAGGAGACUUGAAAGAUAUUCACCUAGAAAUAGAGAACUUUGUGAACUCCAGGACACCAAAGCUGACUCGGAAUGAGUCUGUAGCUCGCUCUAGUAAAUUGCUCAGUUGGUGCCAGAGACAGACUGAUGGAUAUGCUGGUGUUAAUGUGACAGAUCUCACGAUGUCCUGGAAAAGUGGCCUAGCUUUGUGUGCCAUUAUCCACAGAUACCGUCCAGACUUAAUAGACUUUGAUUCUUUGGAUGAGCACAAUGUGGAGAAGAAUAACCAGCUGGCCUUUGACAUCGCUGAAAAAGAGUUUGGAAUAUCCCCCAUUAUGACUGGAAAGGAAAUGGCAUCUGUCGGAGAGCCAGAUAAACUGUCGAUGGUGAUGUACCUCACACAGUUCUAUGAGAUGUUCAAAGACACCAUCCCCUCUAGCGAUAGUCUGGACCUGAAUGCAGAAGAAAAAGCAGCCCUAAUUGCCAGCACCAAAUCGCCUAUCUCUUUUCUCAGUAAACUGGGACAAAGCAUCUCUCGGAAGCGCACUCCAAAGGACAAAAAAGAAAAGGAACUGGAUGGUGCAGGAAAGAGGAGAAAAACCAGCCAAUCUGAGGAUGAGGACAUCCCACGAAGCUACAAAGAAGAAAGGCCCACACUGGUGAGUGCCCUGACAGAAAGGAGAAUUGAUGCUGCCAUUGGGAAUCAGAACAAAGUCAAAUCUAUGGCAACCCAGCUACUGGCCAAGUUUGAGGAGAAUGCACCAGUGCAGGCCUCAAGCUUACGAAGACAGCUGAGGAAUAAGGAACGUUCUCGGACCUGCCCCAAAAAAGUGAUCAUGCUCUCUUCUUCCACUCCACCUUCCUCUCCACCGUAUCCCAGACAGCAGAGAAACAGGGAACCUGGUGCCGACUCUCCCGGGGAGCAGAGUCCCGGACAGGAAAGGCUAGAGACUGAACCGUCUCGACGAUUCUUUGUUGACCAGUGGGAGCUCUCCCUUAGCCUCCGUUCUUCUAAUCGCCCUUCUUCACCUUCAUCUGACUCUCUUCGACAGAAGUACAUAAAGAUGUACACAGGCGGAGUGAGCUCAUUGGCUGAGCAGAUAGCCAAUCAGCUUCAAAGGAAAGAGCAACCCAAAACCCUUCUAGACAAGAAGGAACUGGGCUCGCUCAAAAAGGAGUUCCCCCAAAACCUGGGAGGCAGUGAUGUGUGUUACUUCUGCCGCAAGCGAGUCUAUGUGAUGGAAAGGCUGAGUGCUGAAGGCAAGUUCUUCCACCGCAGUUGCUUCAAGUGUGAAUACUGUGCAACGACUCUGCGCUUGUCAUCUUACGCCUAUGAUAUUGAAGAUGGUAAAUUCUACUGUAAACCUCACUACUGUUACCGACUCUCUGGUUAUGCUCAAAGGAAGAGGCCAGCAGUGGGUCCUCUGUCAGGAAAGGACACCAAAGGACCUCUGCAGGACGCCAUGGCAAAUGAUGGAAGUGGACGGGCAAACACCAUCCCCGCCUCAGCAGAGAGGGCCCCAGGUUCUAAUGUAAAUGGGCUGGAAGAGCCCAGCCUUGCUAAGCGGCUGCGUGGCACACCUGAACGGAUUGAGCUGGAGAACUACCGACUGUCACUGCAGCGGGAAGAAGAACUCGAAGAGGUUCCCGAAGAGACGCUAGCAGAGCAUAACUUGAGCAGUGUGCUGGACAAAGGAACAGAAGAGGAUGUGCCCAGCAGUAGUUCAGAGUCUGAGAUGGAGGAGGAAGAUGAGGAGGAAGAAGAUGAACUAUUGCUGCCUCAGCAACCCCCUUCAGACUUGGGUGGUGUGCCAUGGAAAGAGGCUGUGCGUAUCCAUGCCCUCCUGAAGGGAAAGAGUGAAGAACAGAUUGAGGCUGAGGAAAAUCAUGAGAUUGAGGACAAAGAAGAAGAGGAGGAGGAGGAGGAGGAGGAGGAAGAAGACGAAGAGGAGGAAGAUGAGGAGUCGAGCGAAGCAUCCGACCUUCCCUCCGUACGCCAUGAGGCGGUACAGGCGUGGCUGGAGACGGUCCCUGGAGCUCCAUGUGAGGAUAAUGAUGUGGAGGACGAGCUGGGCACAGAGCCUGCAGACACAGAAGGGCAGGCAGGUGAAGAGGGAGACACAGGUGCAGAGCUGGAUGACGAUGACAUCCCAUCUGAUGCAGAAGCAGAGUUUCGCUUACAUCAAGGUGGCGUAGAAGAGCCAGAACUAAAAGUCUCUGAAGACGAAGAUGAAGAAGGAGCAGAAGAUGGUUCUUGCAGUGUGACAGAAGAUCCAUGCAAGCCAUCCAUCCCUAUCCAGUCAUCUAGUAACAGUGUUCUUCCUCUGUCUCCAGUUGAUAGUCCCAAAGCAAAACAAGCAGAGGAUAUAAAAGAUCCCCUGGCUGAAGUAUCCCGUGCAAUAAAAUCUCCAGAGGCACGCUUUUUUCCUGAGCCUUUCAUUCUUGAUGAAGGACCAAAAGAUGAAAUUUCCAAAGACAGGAAAGUUAAGAGCCCUUUGGUGCCACCAUCUCCAGUGUUAUCCCAGCCAGUUGCAUCACCAGAAGCCAUUGCACCUACAUCACUAGCAGAGUCUCAGCCAGGAGCACCAACAUUGGCUUCAUCCCCAACAUCUGCUCAAAUGCCUAUCUGUUCCCAGCCUUUGCCUUCUGCCGAAACAUCCAUUCCCUCCCCAGUGGAGCCUCCAGUAUGUUUCCAACCUGUCCCAGCCUUAACAUCUACUCCCUUAGCCAAACUGGUCCUUAGGGGCCAGGAUAGUGAGGUGGAAAAACUGGGGAGCCCUACUACUGCAGAAGAAGCCCUGAAACGGAGUAACCUUGUAGAAGAGUUCUGGAUGAAGAGUGCUGAAAUCCGGAGGAGCUUAGGGCUCACCCCAGUAGACAGAAACAAACGCUCAGAGACAAAUUUUACUGUAUCUGCCCUUGAGACAACUCCUCUGAAGACUUUUAAUAGCGAGAAUAUUUCAGAGGAUGAAAGGAUCCAUCUUGUGAAACCCCAGCCUGCCCCAAGAAGGCAGGGACUGUCCAAGUUUGAAAAUGAGCAGAUUUCUCUGCUCACUCCAAAAUCUCCAUCAGAAAAAGAGCUAAAGAAUUCCAGUGAAGUAAGAAGAGAUGUAUCCAGCAGUUCUGGACUUGGCCUUCAGGAGAGCUCAUCUAACAUGAGAACUAUGGCUAGCCAGAGCUUCAACACUUCUGACUCUACCAUGCUUACUCCUCCAUCAAGUCCACCACCACCACCUCCUCAGGGUGAAGAACCAGCCACUUUGCGUAGAAAAAGGCAUCAAGCAGUCUGGCAGAAUGAGGUUGAAGCCAGGUCACCUCCAACACCAGCAUCAACACCUCCUGCUCCCCCACGCCACGAGCUGACCUCUGCUGCCAAAGAGUCAACCCAGGCCAAAAAAGACGACGUGCGGAAGUCCUUUGCAGAGAGUGUGGAUGAGAUUCCAUUUGCUGAUGAUGUAGAAGACACAUAUGAUGACAAGACAGAGGACUCAAGCCUUCAUGAGAAGUUUUUUACACCUCCUACCAGUAGGCCAAGGCCAGAGAAACCACUUCUUUUGCCCUUGGUCAAAGAAAAUGGUGGUCCACCCUCAAUGGAAGGAGGGGUUAACCAAAAGAAGAGAGUAUUGCCUGAAAUUUCUGCAGAGGCCAAGGAGCUUGCUGAAGAAAGAAUGAGAGCCAGAGAGAAGUCUGUCAAGAGCCAAGCACUGCGUGAUGCCAUGGCUAAACAGUUGUGUAAGAUGAAAGAUAUGGAGAUGGCUGCAGCUGCUGCUACUGGGGCCACAAGGGCACGAAAGGCAUCUUCUAUGCCCUUGAAGACCAAAGAGUUGUUUUAUGACUCUCCAAAGCAUCUGGCCUUGAAAAUAGCAGAGGGAUCCACACGAAAACAUGAUGCUGCUGGUGAGAAGUUCUCCGCUCCUGCUGCUGAUGUGACUGGACCUGAAGGGUCUGUCACCUCUUCAGAAGGCUCCAGUGGGAAGAGUAAGAAAAGAACUUCUCUUUUCUCCCCUCGUAAGAACAAAAAGGAGAAGAAAUCAAAAAAUGACAGCAGGCUUUCUGACAAAUCUAGUGGUGGGACAGAGGAAGCAACAAAGCCUAGGUCAUUAUGGAAGUCUGUUUUCUCUGGGUAUAAGAAAGACAAGAAGAAAAAGACUGAUGACAAAUCCUGCCCAAGUACUCCCUCAAGUGGUGCCACUGUGGAUUCUGGCAAGCACAAAGCUUCUCCGUUGGUUACAGCUGCAGAUCUGCAGCUCCGUCAACAUCUGAGUUUCUCGGAGGACUCCGACCUCUCCAGUGAUGAUAUUCUGGAACGCUCCUCCCAGAAAUCCAAGCGAGAGAGAGCCUACACAGAAGAGGAACUGAAUGCCAAGCUGACCCGGCGAGUACAGAAAGCUGCCCGUAGACAAGCCAAGCAAGAGGAGCUAAAAAGGUUACACAGAGCUCAGAUCAUCCAGCGGCAGCUUGAACAAGUGGAAGAGAAGCAGAGACAACUCGAGGAGAGAGGGGUUGCUGUGGAGAAGGCCCUUCGGGGAGAAGCAGACUAUUGGGGAGAGUCUUAUUACAGUGACCUCAUCGACUUGCAUCUGGGUGGCAUGGGUAAGAAGGAUGAUCCCAAGCUGAUGCAGGAGUGGUUCAAGCUGGUGCAGGAGAAGAAUGCCUUGGUUCGCUACGAGUCUGAACUGAUGAUAUUUGCUCGGGAGCUAGAACUGGAAGACAGGCAGAGUCGAUUACAGCAGGAACUCCGGGAGAGGAUGGCAGUAGAAGGUGAGAGCAAAAGGGAACAUUCCGUAGAUUGUAUGUGCGUAUUUCUAGCCUUGUGUAUGCUGAUAGUUUUUGAUAUCUCUGUAGAUCAUCUGAAGACAGAUGAGGAGCUCUCAGAGGAGAAGAGGAUCCUGAAUGAGAUGCUAGAAGUAGUUGAGCAGAGAGAUUCUCUCGUCGCUCUCCUUGAGGAGCAACGGCUUCGAGAAAAAGAAGAAGACAAGGACCUGGAGGCAGUCAUGCUUUCCAAAGGUUUUAGCUUGAACUGGUCCUGAGUUUAACACAUUUACCUCCGCUGGUCUGUGUUGUCCAGUUGGCCUACCCUGAGUUCGCCAGAAUUACGUGGAUAGGAAGAUGUUGAAGGGGAAACCUCCAAAGGGUCCGACAGCAUGCAGGGAUUUGGUUUGAAGCACUCAGAAGCCUUUUGAUAAGUGUGUUGGUUCCAGAAGCUUAAGUUGUCUGCAAGCCAAGCUGAAGAUAAUGAGUUGAGGCUGUGGAGUCUCCUUGAGGUCCUAUACAAUGGACCAUAUUUUUGUGUGUGUGGUAGGAGGGAGAGGAAUAAUCCAUGUGUGGGGAUGGAGGUUAAGGGAAGAAGUACCCUUAACUAAACUGGAUUUAUGGCAGUCCAUUCCUUUCCCGUUUUUACUACACCAGUUCUAAUAGAAGGGAGGGAAGUGGCAACCCUCUCUGGAAAACCACAGCAGCCUGUAGCAGCUUGUAUGGUGGACUCAGCUGUCAAGAGAGAGCUCCAGAAGCCCAGGGCAACACCUUCUUUUCUUUAGUCUUCCUCCCCACCAAAGAAACCUGCAGUUGAUCAUUACGCAUGGAUAUGAAGAAAUAUGAGACAGAAAAGAUAUUACUAGUAUGUGUGAUGAAACUCUGCCUCCCGGUUUUUAGAGAGAUAGGGGCAUCAGGGGACUCUCUCCCUAUCACAGCCUCCUAAAUCAUCAUCUUAUGGGGAAAAAAGGGGAGAAGAAGAGAGAGGGAAGAUGCCCUUCUGCUUUGCUACACACUGGAGAGACAGCUACUGCUGGCCUUAGUCUUCAUGGCCACAGCUCAGAGGCUGGUGGGCUUCUUUGUUCUGUUUUUGUUGUGACUGUUUUGACACUGGAAAAUACUGACCGUGGGACAGUGGUAAGUGUUUGCUGGGGCAGGGGUGUUAAGAGGCAGCAUUCCCUGGCUGUUAGGCCCCUAAAAGGGAGAAGCCCUUAAGUGACUGAACCACCAUUAAGACUUUUCAGUGUUUUUAUUUUUUUCCUCUGUAUUUUGUUUUUGCACAUUGGAAUCAAAGCUUAAGACCUGCCUGGGCCCUCAGUCACUUUGACCCUUUUAUGUCAAUUAACUUAUUUUUUUAAUACUUGAAAGAAGAUUCAUUUUUGUAUCUUUUAGGAAAAAAAUGGACGAGUGAUGGGUGUGUGUGCCUGCUGCAUCCUACAACUUCCACUUCUAAAUUACUGGACGUUGUUACCUGUGGCUAUUUAUUAGUGUUCUUAUUAAUAAUUUGAUUUUUACACAUAUUUGAUUGUGGAGGGAGUGUUUUAACUCUGUUAGAGAAAGACACUACUGCGGAUUGGUCCCUGCUUCACAGCAAGGACAGCCUUUAUGUACCCAUGGAUGUAUCCUGCCCUAGGAGUUUUCCUUUAUGACAAAAUCCUGUGCACUCAUGGAGUUGUAAGAAUCUCUUUGUGUUCCUAGCAUACUUUUCUUCUGCAUCCUAGAUUCCCUCUGUUGGACUAAUAAACCUAUAAUUUAUUUAAAUUUUACAUUUUUAUAAUAAGAAAGCCAAAGCUGUGAGGUAGAAAUAUCCCAUAUGUCUCUUUCUCGCUCAAGGAGGGGGGACACACUCCUGAGAUACAGCUAGAGGGACUUCCAUGAAAACAAAAAUAGCACAUUUCCUGCUGCAUCUGAUGGAAGAAGCUCCUUUUGGCUCAGCUAGUGACGCUGCUGCUUUUCAGCCAGGAGGGUACUCAUUGUAAUUGUACGUUAACCAAUGAGCAGGAUAUGCACUGAGCAAUUCAGUGCGAUUCACUGACGAAUUCCCUCAGCACACUACUAUGUCCUUAACUUGUCCCGGCAGAGCUGAAAUAGCACUGUGCAUUGGGUACGUGUCCCACCCUUAACAUGAUGUGUUAAGAGGUUUUCCCCCCUUGGGAGGUUGUCUGUGUUCUCUUCUUGUUAAAGAAGUACUAAGCCUGCUCUCCAAUGUCUUUGUGAAAGUGUCCCAUUCCCAAGCAUAUUCAUACAGUGUACUAACUCUUUCAGCUUGAAUUUACGCUGUUGGUGCAAGGCACCCAAGCAGGGCUGAACAUCCUUUAAUCUUUUGCUCCAGGACAGAAUUUACCAUGGUUUCUUGCUGUUGGUUCUCUCUCCUUCAGGGAGGUCUUCUGUAAGCCAGGGUCUAUUUGAAUUCACCUCUGACUCAGGAGCAUACCUCAGGCUGAGGAAGAAUGGCUAGGACUGUCCCCAGAGACUCUGAGCAGUGCUGGUUAUUAACUGUGGAAACAUGGUUUUUCUGCCUCAAGUGUUCCCCCUUUACCUCCCCCCUAGUGUUUUCUGCUAAGGCAUUACAAAUUAAAUCCAGACGCUCCUGAAACCAAGCAGGCAGGCAGCUGCAGUGCUACUUCGUAAUUGUGCAUGUUAGCAAGUGGUACCUGCUAUACCAGCAUCACAGAGUGUUGGCUUACCCGCAGGAUGUCCAACAGAAUUCCCCCCAUUUGCCAGUGCAGGGGCCAGCUGCACAAGUCAAAUUGGCAAUGGUAGUUCACAUAGUCUGCAUCUGAGGGGCCAGUGGAAGCUGGAGAGGAGGAGGGAAGAAGGAGGGAAGCUAGAUAACAUAGUUUGUUGUAAACUGUCUUGUGGAGAGAAUUGGCCUCAGUCCGUUUUAUAGUGCACUAGGUAUAUGGACCACAUCUAACUGCUAACAAAAGAUCAUUGAAUGUGAGCCGUAGAACAGAAAGAAAUCCUGAAGAAGAAAUACCAGAUUACUACUUUUCCCUUUCAUGCUGGGGGACGCUGGCCAGAUCUUUGCAAUACUGAAGAGUGGUAUCACUUGAGGGUGUAAUGCCCUACUGCAGGGGAAAACUGCGUAUUCUAAACCUGAACUCUUUAGGUUAUGCUGAAGGCCUCCAGCAGUGAGAAUGAAUAUGAAGAGCUAACAUCGCACAUGCAAAUUAAUUAAAAAUACACGAAAGGGAAUGUUAAAAGGCCUUUUUUACAAAUGGUUGUAAAAGGCACAACUUGUAUUUGCUGUUCCGUUGCACUUUAAGAAUAUGACUUGCAUAUCAGAUACUGAGUUUUUUUUACUAUCUGAAUAUUUUUAAUUCAAAUUUUAUAUUUUUAAAGCUGAAGAAGGCUCUUGUGACCACAAGAUCCCUUAUUUGUAUCAGAAUCCAAGUAGGAUGUUCUAGCUCUUUGUGCUGCCCGGGUGGGCAGCAGCACAUGACUCAGCCAUGUGCAUUUAAUGACCCGUGUCCAUUUUGUGUAUGAGGGUAGCGAAAAGGCCCUCAGCUUGUGAGAAGUGGGCACACAAGGGCAUCCAUCCCCAUGUGACAGGGUCCAUACCAGGGUCUGGCCGCUUCCUCCCUGCACUAGUAGGAGGAGAGCCGAGCUUGGAACCUAGCCUGUGUUCAUUUUGAAAUGAGCACACUGAGGAUGGGGCAAGCACUUCAGUCCCCUAUGGGGAAGGGAGGGGGAUACCACCUCCUGGAAACACCUGGGAGGCAAAUGGGGAUGGGGGAGUGAGGACUGCCAAAACAACUAAUCUGCUGUUUUCACAGUACAAUUCUUUUUUUUAACUGUUCUGUUCCUUUUAACCAUGUUUUCAUUAAAACUCACAAACGGCUGUAAAAUCCUGAGCUUCAAAGAACUAAUGUGUGGGGAGGUGACAAGAUGUUUCAGCUCCAACUUCCAGACAUAUUCCUUCUUUCAGUUAACCAAUACCCCAUGGUCUCACUAGGGCAUGUUACAAACUGCGUUGCUGAACAUAUUUUAGAGCAAACCGCAAGUUUUAAAAGUCUGUCCUUCUCUCUAUCCGUCUCUGCAUUUUAUGUAAAUAUUUGUUUGUAUGUAAAGACACCAGUGGAUCCUUGGGUUACCCCCAGGGUCAAGAAUCUGAGUUUUGUGCAAUGCCUAGGCCUCUUUUAGAACACGGUGCUUGCAUAGAGCUAGUCACCACAUUUGUGUGCACUCUGGUGGUUUUUAAUAUUUUUAUACAUCCUAAUCCUGAACAUUAUGAAGUAUUAUAAGUGGUCUAGACUGCAUGAUCUAGAGCAGCCGGCAGUUCCAUUUUCUUAGCAGCUGUUCCUAAAAUGUGCACAGAUACACCUUGUUUGGUUAACAUUCUUUUAAAAUGAGUUUUCAAUUAAGUGUUUACACCAGACACCAGUGGAUGACAAAGGUGUUGCGUUAUAAAAUCUCCUGUGUACAAACUGAAAAGCCACAAUAUGGCUUUAUGGGAAUUUCAGUCAUCGCUGUCUGCAAUAAAGAGAACUCUAAAGCAUACUAAAAACCAGCCUGUAUAUAGUUCACAGAGAAGGAGAUUGCUGGCUUCUGACCAUUGCAAAAUAACAGAGAUUAGAAGCUUUCCAAAAGUUCCUGCUUUUGGAUUGCUCAGAGUACUGCUAUAUAGGCAGGGUAGCUGGGCAGAUGAGGUCAUCGCUGAAAGCAGAUGUGAAGGGGAGGAUGCCAUGUUGUCAUGGCAUUGCAGUAAUUUAAAUACUCUGUAUCUGUGCGUGCAUGCGUGUGUGUGAAGUCUAAUCCAGGGGAAGGGAUCUGCUUUGGCAUCUUCCCUUUUGUAUGAAAGUGAACUCUGAUAUUCAGAUUGUUCAAGGCUUUUAUGGUUGGCAUGUAUGGAGUGUUAACAGAAAAGCGUAUACCCUACCUGUAAAAAAAA